AUGUCCAAGAUGGGGCGACGAUUCGGCGGGGAUGGAGAAGCCGGGGGCGGACCCCCACCCCCACCACAACCACAGCCAAUCAAGACCGGCGCUGGCACGAAGCCAAAGGUUGCUACUCCUCAAGUGGUCGCCAAGAUUGAGCAGUACAAGCGGGACAAUCCGACGAUUUUUGCGUGGGAGAUUCGGGAGCGACUAAUUAGUGAAGGUGUCUGCACCACCCCACCAUCAGUAUCCUCCAUCAAUCGUAUACUUCGUACUCGAGCAGCUGAACGCGCAGCCGAAGAACUCACCAUCAUCCUAAACGCCCAGCACAAUCGGCCACCAAACUUCGCCAGGCCCAUGCCGAAUGUACUCCCCCCACUACCGUACCCGCCGCUUUGGCCAGGUCUUCUCCUGACCCCCGGCGCUUUCCCACCAAAUAUGGGUCCAUUUCAAGGCUGCUCUAACACUUUGAAUUUACUUGCUGCGCUGACGGGGCAGUUGAAUCAGCUACAACAAUCCGGAUCUACAAAUGGUGAUACAUCACCGGCUGAAACUGUCGCCAUGAGUGAAGAAGAUCAAACGAUUCGACGCGGUAGCAGAAGUCAAUUUACUUCGGGCCAACUCGAAAUCCUCGAAGCCGCCUUUGAAAUUGACCCCUACCCCAGCAACGCCGAACGCGCCGAGCUCGUCAAGAAAACCCAGCUCCCAGAUGCACGUAUUCAGGUGUGGUUCUCCAACCGACGCGCAAAAUGGAGACGUCAUUUGGAAACCCAUGAAUCAUCGCCUAUGCAAGACUCUAAUGAAGACCAGACAAGUGAUGCCGAGAAGAGUCCAAAAGUGCUGAGCACCGAUGAGGAAGGAAAUUCGGGAAAACGGAAGCUGGAGGCUACGGAAAGCCCAGAAGAGCCGAUGGUGAAGCGCGUUUUUCGGCCCUACGAG